UGCUAACAUGUACAAGAGCAAGCUUGUCAAUCAGAAGGCAUCAUAUGGGUACCAGAAGCAGAAAGAAAGAGAAAUCAGAUCUUGUAUUCGAUAUAAGUGUUCACUCACAAAUACAAUUGGAGAUGUUCUGAGGCAGAGGCCAGGAUGGGUUGAAGUGAAGGACGAUGGUGAAUGGGACUUUUACUGGUGUGAUGUGGGCUGGCUACGUGAGAACUUUGACCAUAUUUAUUUGGACGAGCAUGUGCACAUCUGUCACUUCCGCAACCACUAUGAGCUGACCCGCAAGAAUUUCAUGGUGAAGAAUCUGAAGCGUUUCCGAAAACAAUUGAAGAAAGAAUUUGGGCAGCUAGAAGCUGAAAAGUGUGACUUUUUCCCUAUGACGUUUGAACUGCCAUCUGAAUAUCACCUAUUUGUGGAAGAAUUUCGCAAGAAUCCUGGAAGCACCUGGAUCAUGAAGCCUGUGGCCAGAUCACAGGGGCGGGGAAUAUUCCUUUUUCGAAAGUUGAAAGACAUCAUGGACUGGAAAAAGGAUGGGGGACGCAUAGAUGAACAAAAGGAUGAAAUACCAGUGGAGAAUUACGUUGCUCAGCGCUACAUUGAAAACCCAUAUUUAAUUGGAGGAAGGAAGUUUGAUCUGCGAGUUUAUGUCCUUGUUACAUCGUAUACUCCACUCAAGGCCUGGUUGUACCGUGAUGGAUUUGCGCGAUUCUCCAAUACUCGUUUCACUCUUAGCAGCAUUGAUGACCAAUAUAUUCACUUGACAAAUGUGGCAAUCCAGAAAAUGGCCCCAGAUUAUGAUCCAGAGAAGGGCUGUAAAUGGAUGAUACAGCAGUUGCGUCUCUACCUGACAGCUUGUCAUGGCCCUGAAAUGGUGGAGACUCUCUUUCAAAACAUGGAUAACAUCUUCAUCAAGAGCCUGCAAAGUGUCCAGAAGAUCAUUAUUAAUGACAAGCAUUGCUUUGAACUCUAUGGAUAUGAUAUCCUAAUCGACCAGGACCUCAAACCAUGGCUAUUAGAGGUAAAUGCUUCACCAUCUUUGACUGCUAGCAGCCAAGAGGACUAUGAACUGAAAUGCUGUCUGCUGGAGGACACACUGAAUGUUGUGGACAUGGAGGGCAGAUUAUCAGGGAAGGAGAAACAAGUUGGAGGUUUUGAUCUGAUGUGGAAUGAUGGUCCAGUGUUUCGUGAUGAUAGGCAGAAAGAAAGUCUCAAUAACGGAGGUUUUGUUGCAAAUACCCACUUAGGAUGUGUUAAUGAUAGGAAGAAACAGCUUAAACAGAUGUUUAAACUUGCCCACGCUGCAAAGAAGCUGUAAUGGACUUGGUAUCAACUUUAAAAAGGACAAGAGGCUAAUAUUUUUUUUAUUUAUGAUUCAGACAGGAGCAUAGAAUUAAAGGAAAACUUUACAAUUUACUUCUAUUAUCAAAAGUUGCUUUAUUCUCUUGGUAUCCUUUGUUGAAAAAAGGAGCAAUGCACUACAAUGCUGAACACAUCAGGUGAGUAAAUGACAAGUGGCAAAUAUGCAGCCACCAAUCACCAGUUAGCUUCCAGUAGUAAAUUGCUGCCCCGAGUCUAUCUAGGUAUGCGUUUCAACAAAUGAAACCAACAGAACAAAGCAAAUUAGAUCAUUGAAGUAAUUUAGAAAAUUGUUU